AGACCUAUUUUUCCUCAUUUGCCAUAUUCGCCUUACGGAUCACCGACUGGUUCACCAAGGUUACGAAGACAACCAACAAUGGAGACCCAUCGUGUUUCAGUUUCAGAUGGAGAUGGAUAUACACAGUUAAAUCAGUAUAAAUUAAAAGAUGAAAUAGGAAAGGGUUCCUAUGGAAUUGUGAAAUUAGCUUAUAGUGAAGAAGAUGAAAUACAUUAUGCAAUGAAAAUCUUGUCCAAGAAAAAGCUUAUGAAGAAAGCUGGAUUUUUUAAGCGUCCAUUACCUGUAAGAGAAGGUAAAAAAGGUCACUUGCCACCAAACCCUCUAGAACGUGUAUAUAGAGAAAUAGCUAUAUUAAAGAAGUUAGACCAUCCCAAUGUGGUGAAGUUAAUAGAAGUCUUAGAUGACCCAGAAGAAGAUAAUCUUUAUAUGGCUUUUGAGCUUGUUGAAAAAGGUGCUGUAAUGAUGGUAGGAACAACCCAAGCUUUCUCUGAAGAACAAUCAGGAAACUACUUCCGAGAUGUUGUACUUGGUUUGGAAUAUUUACAUCAUCAAAAAAUCAUUCAUCGUGAUAUAAAACCGUCUAAUUUACUUCUGGCUGAUGAUGGCCAUAUAAAGAUUGCUGAUUUUGGAGUUAGUAAUGAAUUUAGUGGAGGUGAUGCCUUUCUUUCUAAUACAGUUGGUACUCCAGCUUUUAUGGCACCAGAAACUCUUAGAGAGGAUAGAGAAAAAUAUGGUGGCAAGGCCUUAGAUAUUUGGGCUUUAGGGAUAACUUUAUAUUGUUUUUUAUUUGCUAAUGUGCCUUUUAAAGAAGAAUAUAUUCUUGGUCUUCAUAAAAAAAUUCUUAAAGAUCCAGUCAAAUUCCCUGAUGAUGUCAAUGUAUCAGAUUCUGUAAAGAAACUAAUUUUAAGAAUGUUGGAUAAAAAUCCCUUAACACGGAUCACAUUACCAGAAAUAAAGAAACAUCCAUGGGUAACCAACAAUGGAGAGAUAACACUACCAUCAGAAGAAGAAAAUUGCGAAUUGAUCACUGUAACUGAAGAAGAAAUAAUGAAUGUAGUUAAACAUGUGCCUAAACUUGAUACACUUAUUUUUGUGAAGAGUGUGUUAAAACAACGUUCAUUUAGAAAUCCAUAUCGAGAUAAAGAAAAUAUGACAAAAGAAGAAUUUCAACGCAGUGGUCGAUCUUAUUCUGCUCCUGAAUCAUUUCAUCAUGUUGUCAAAAGGUAA